CUGGGGCUUUUCAUAGUGAAAGACCAUGUCGAUAUGUAAAUUCAUGACUUUUCCAAGUAAGCUACAUUUUUCCAUUGCAUUUCCCAAUCUAGCUUCCUCACCAAGAAAGGGUUUUGGUUGUUAAAUAAUUCAUAUUGAAGCUUAGAUUCCUUGAGGGUCUGGCAGUCUUUCAUCUUGGAUAAGAUGAUACAAAAUAUUGCCAAUAGCCAACCUCAGGUUGCCAACCUGAAUAUAAAUCCUUUCCUGUUCAGUGUAUAAAUUUAUAAUGUAAACUGUUUUAUAUUAUACCUGAUACUACUGAACUGAAGGAAGGUGCUGUUGAAUAACUCUGAAAAUAAGUAGUAAGGUAUUAUGGUCUGGUUGGUGAUGUAUGCUCUAUAUUUAAACAACUUACUACUGUCAUUCUAGACCCAACAAAGAGAAGACUGGCCAUGAGUGGCUCGGGAACAUCUGUGGUCAAGCAUGGACUUAAUCCAGAGAAGGGCUUCAUGCAGGUUCAUUAUUUAAAGGGCUACUUCCUUCUUCGGUUCCUUGCCAGAACACUUGGAGACAAGACCUAUUUUUCAUUUUUAAGAAAAUUUGUACACAUGUUUCACGGACAAUUGAUUCUUUCCCAGGAUUUCCUUCGAAUGCUGUUGGAGAAUGUCCCAGAAGACAAAAGGCUUGAGUUGUCUGUUGAAAACAUCAUCCGAGAUUGGCUUGAGAGUUCCGGAAUACCUGAGCGGCUGCGGCAGGAGGGCGAGGACGGCGCGCGGAGCGGGCUGGCGGGGCGAGUGGGCGCAGAGGUGAGUGCGGCUGCGGCGGCGGCUGCACCAGGCGGCGGGGCGAAGGUCACGGCCGCUGCUCUAGGAGAGGGGAGGACUGUGGCGGGAGGCCUUGGGACCCUCGACCUGUUUAAGAAGAGGUGUUUGAAAAG